CGAGCACUGUAUUAAUAUGACUUUAUUUACAGGCUCGUGGACCGAAAAAGCAUUUAAAGCGUUUAAAUGCACCAAAAGCAUGGAUGUUGGACAAAUUGGGUGGCGUUUAUGCUCCACGUCCAUCCACUGGCCCACACAAAUUGAGAGAAUCAUUACCUCUAGUUAUUUUUCUACGCAAUAGAUUGAAGUAUGCUUUAACAAAUUGUGAAGUAACAAAAAUUGUUAUGCAACGUUUAAUUAAAGUUGAUGGAAAAAUUCGUACCGAUCCCAAUUAUCCAGCUGGUUUUAUGGAUGUCGUCACCAUUGAGAAAACCAACGAAUAUUUUCGUUUAAUCUAUGAUGUUAAAGGUCGUUUUACUAUUCAUCGCAUAACUCCAGUUGAAGCAAAAUACAAGCUUUGUAAAGUUAGACGUGUUCAAACUGGGCCUAAAGGAAUCCCUUUUCUGGUUACACAUGAUGGUAGAACCAUUCGUUAUCCUGAUCCUCUGAUUAAGGUGAAUGAUACUAUUCAGUUGGAUAUUGCAACUGGAAAAAUUCUUGAUUCUAUUCGCUUUGAUACAGGAAAUUUGUGUAUGAUUACUGGUGGAAGAAAUUUGGGUCGUGUUGGUGCUGUAGUAAAUCGUGAACGUCAUCAAGGAUCAUUUGAUAUUUGUCACGUCAGAGAUUCCCAAGGACAUACUUUUGCUACUAGAUUACACAAUGUGUUCAUUAUUGGCAAAGGAACAAAACCAUAUGUUAGCUUACCCAGAGGUAAUGGAAUAAAACUUACAAUUGCUGAAGAACGCGAUAAGAGGUUAGCAGCUAAGGGAGCCAACUAACUUAAAUUUUCAAUAAAAAUCUAUUAAACUAAAUUUUCUUGAUAAAA